AAGUGUCCGGACUGGAAGGGGGUGAAAGUGUCCGGACUGGAAGGGGGGGGGAAGUGUCCGGACUGGAAGGGGGGGAAAGUGUCCGGACUGGAAGGGGGGAAAGUGUCUGGACUGGAAGGGGGGGGAAAGUGUCCGGACUGGAAGGGGGGAAAGUGUCCGGACAGGAAGGGGGUGAAAGUGUCCGGACUGGAAGGGGGGGAAAGCGUACGGACUGGAAGGGGGGUGAAAGUGUCCGGACUGGAAGGGGGUGAAAGUGUCCGGACUGGAAGGGGGGGGAAG